AUUAGUAAAAAGUGAUUUGAUAUGGAGUACCAGUAUUUACAUCUCAUUGUUACUUGCUAUUUCAUUAACUUUUCCAAUACAUGGUAACCAUUUAGCGUACUGCUAUUAAAACAGUCUGCUUCCAGAACACUCAGAGGUCAUCAGCUCCUUUGUUCCAAAGGAGACCGCAUUGUCCCUGGUUUCACACCUGCAGCAGAGGGCCCGCAUGUCUAGUACAAAGGAUCUGCCCAUACGCAUUAGGAAGUGGAUUAUUGGCUUUUAAAAGAGAGUCAGGAACGCCUCAUGAAAGGUUACCGACCAGAGCGCGUUCUGAGGAUCUCACAGGGAAGGCACUCCUGAAGCACCGAGCCUGGGGGGAGAGGCUGAGCCCGGGGAAGGAUGAUGCCCUUCUCCAGCUCCAGCUCCGAAGAAGCCUUCGACUACUUGUUCAAGAUCAUUUUGAUCGGGGAUUCCAACGUCGGGAAGACCUGCGUGGUGCAUCGCUUCAAGUCGGGACAGUACCACGAGAAGCAGCAGAACACCAUCGGGGUGGACUUCACCGUGCGCUCGCUGGAGCUCGAUGGCAAGAAGGUGAAGAUCCAGGUGUGGGACACAGCAGGCCAGGAGCGCUUCCGGACGAUAACCCAGAGUUACUAUCGCAGUGCCCAUGGUGCCAUUCUUGCCUAUGACCUUACCAGAAGGUCCACAUUUGAAUCUAUUCCUCAUUGGAUUCAUGAAAUUGAAAAAUACGGAGCUGCUAACUUGGUCCUAAUGUUAAUUGGGAACAAAUCAGAUGUAGCAGAGAACCGCCAAGUCCUUUUUGAAGAUGCCUGUACACUGGCAGAGAAGCAUGGGCUACUGGCUGUGUUGGAGACUUCUGCAAAAGAGGCCCAGAAUGUAGAAGAGGUGUUUACAUUGAUGGCAAAGGAGUUGAUAGCCCGCAACACUUUGCAGUUUCAUGGAGAGUAUCCUCCAAACAGCAUCUAUCUGGACUCCAGGCCGGUGAUUGUUAGUCCAAGUGCAGAGAAGUCCCAGUGCUCUUGCUGAUGACAUGUCUCACUCCUAAGAGCUAUGAAGGUGUGGCUGAUUUCACGUUUCCUGUUUGGACAUCAUUCUAAUGUUACUGCCUUGCAGUUUUGGCCUGUAAUUCUGAGAUGGGUGUUGCAAUGGUCAAAAACACUGGAUUGCCUUGAACGUGGCAGCUGUUGGUACAUAAGCAAAGUCUUUGAGCUGAGAGAAGACUAGAUGUUGCCAGCCUGAAGAGAACUAUGAAGACUCAAAUGGAAGCAAUUGCCUUUUGAAUAGACUCUUGACUACUUGAAGAUUGAUUCUUCUGGAUCUGUUAGAGGCUGACUGUAAUCAGGUUUUGUGCUGACUGUUUCCUUAGGAUUCACAGUCUGCUGUAGGUCAGAUUCUUUGGUCUUCAUAAAUAACUUUACAAUGUG